GAUUUGCAGUGCAAUGAUUCAAAGAAUAUGAAAUGACAAAUAAGGCAGGUCCAGAAUCUGAUAGUAAACAUUUGCCUGCGGUUGCAAUGUAUGGUCCUUGCACAGUCUCUGGUGUCAAGAAAGGUGAUGUCAAACUUUGGUGUGCAUGUGGACUGAGUAAAAAUCAGCCCUGGUGUGAUGGAUCCCAUAAAGGCACUGGGAUUAAGCCACUGAAGUGGACAGUGUCAAAAGAACAGAGACUUUUUCAGAUCUGUGCCUGUAAGUACACCAAGGACCCACCCUUCUGUGAUGCCACCCACACAAAUCUACCAUCUCAGGUCCUACACCAACAGGAAGUGUGUCCACGGCAACUGGACGAUCACCAUAGCAACAAUAAACUCUGCACAGGGUGUGGUUGGGUGCCAGAUUUCUGAUUAAGGCCUUACUAACACUGUUUACACAAUAAACACAGUACUGUGAUAUUACUAAGUUUUGUGCAAUGUAAUGGAAUUCAUUGGAAGGAUGAAAGAUGGAGGAAUUCUGAAUCUCACUUAAUUGAGAGCCAUAUUACCUCUCAAAUCUCUGUUGUAAGCAUGUAUAAAGAAUCCACUUGACCUACAUUGUAAAUGUGAAUUAGAUUGAUCAUUGAUCAUUUUCCUGUCAAUCCUCAGUUUGUGAAGUAUUCUACAUUUAUGUGAAAAUGUAUAAUAGAAACUGACUCCAUCCAAAUAUACCACUGCUUUCUCUAUUUUUAAUGAUUCCAUUGUGCCAAAAUCUGUGCCAAAAAGAGAAAUUCAAUUCAUUACAUUUACAACAGUGA